CAUUUUCUUCAAGAAUGAUAUAUUUGUAUUCAAACAUCAAAGUUUCAUUGAUUAUGACCGGGAAGAAUCUGGGACAAUUUUCCCGAGAACUAUCACCCAAAAUGUCGGAUUAUUGGCCUGUUUAGAGUUCACACCAAAAAUCCGAUCCCAGUACAAAUUAAGUCGAAAUGGAAUUAUAAUUGGUACCACUCACUUGUUUUGGCAUCCAUUUGGCACGUAUGAAAGAACCAGACAAACUUAUCUUGUUCUCAAAAAGACCAAAGAAUUUGUCCACACAAUGAAUGUGGUGAAAGAAAACGACUUGGGAUGGUAUACGUUUUUCGCCGGAGACUUUAACUCCCAGCCGUUUGAUACCCCAUAUUUAUCUGUAACUUCUAAGCCUGUACAUUAUAGUUCCAGAGCUAAAACAGUCAUCAGCUGCUCAUUGUCGUUCCAAUAUUCAAAGAACAGAGGAAUCAAAGAGUCCGAAGCUGAAAAGAAUUCUGAAGACGAGGAAGAAGGGGGUAACAUCGAAAAAUUUGGUAAAGACCAACCAAGAGACCCAGUCCCCGAAUCCUUUGUGGCUACUGAAGAACAACUACAAUUGGUUAAUGCAAUGGAAAAUUUGCAUAAUAAUCUCGAUGUGAGAGCGAUUUCCCUCUACUCGGUAGCGUACAAACAUGUUGACCCCAAGAAUGCCGGUGCUGAUAAUGAAAGGAAUGAGCCGAUGUAUUCGAAUUGGGCACACUCUUGGAGAGGUUUAUUGGACUAUAUAUUUGUCAUUUCAAGUUGGGACCUAUCUGAAGACUACUCCAAAAAGAUUGACCUGAUAGAUGAAUUGGCCAACACAGAAAACAUAAGACUAACUAAGCUUUUAAGGUUGCCAAGAGGUGAAGAAAUGGGUGAAGAGCCUUCGGGACAACCAAGGCUUGGGCAAUAUCCUUCUGACCAUUUCUGCUUGAUGGCAGAGGUGGAAUUACUUUGAUCUCCAAAUUUUCAUUAUAUAUAACUGUACAACCACAUAACUUUUAACCCAAUUCAAUUUUUCAUCAACAUAUGGUCAACUAAAUCCUCUAAUGGACCAUAGUCUUUUGUUUGGAUCAAGUCGAACUCUUUACUGAACAAAACAUAAUGCUUUAGACUGGUGUUUAAGUGAGACUGUAAUCCCAACUCUGUAAUCUCAUGGAAGUGAUGACAGUAUAUAUGGGCAUAAAUUCUGAAUAGCCUCUUGAAAAUGGUCUUCACUAAAGUAGGGAAUUGCUGUGGGAAUGGAGCACCCAUCUUUGAAGGGAAGAUGUUAUCAUUAUCGAAGAAUCCUUGGAUCCAGUUCAUCAAAUUCUCAAUGUAUUCACAAGCAGGUAAUGACACCGGUCUCUUAGGGGAGGACAGCCCGUUCAUUGUUGGAUUUGUUUCCUGCCAUAAAUACUCGUACUCUUCUGUAGCAAUCAUUCUGGGACAAGUUUUGGGUGAACAAAAUUCUGUGAUGGUUCCAUACAACAUAUUGAUUUGAUUGUAAAAGUCCACUACAUGAACAGCCAACCAUUCGUUGAUAUCUUCGUCUUGAGGCAACUUCACUGCCUGGUACAAUGCAUUUUGAGAACCUAGGGUUUGUUCUGCAAAGCUUCUAAUAUCUUUAUGAGAGCUCACAUUCCUUCCAUCGUUUUGUAAAUUGAUGGUUUGGUAUGGUUGAGGUUGCUGAGUUUGAUACUGGGAUGACACUGGAGAUAUGUUAUUGCCUUGAAGUUUACUACCAGUUGGGGUAGAAGGAACCUGGUCCGCAGGAUAUCUAUUGGGAGAUGUUGGGAAAGUAGAACUUGAAAUAGGCUGAGGACUUGAGAUUGGUGAUGACUGCUUGAGUCUAAACCCUCUGGUAGUUCUUAAGCUCGGAGUAUUGAAAUUCUGAAGGAACGACAUUGUAUAACCUUACACUCUGGAUAUUUGAAGAAGAAUUUUGCUGAAGACCCUUUUCUUUGCUAUUUAACAAUUCAUCAAGUUUAUAAGAGUUCUUGAUUGUGCACUGGAAUCUAUUUACAUUCAGAACAAAAAAGGAAAA